CUAAAUAAACAUUAAAAAUUUUUUAAAUAAAGAAAACUGCCUUCUGUUAAAUCAUACCAAACAUGUAUGAAUUUAUUUUUUUUUUUGUAGAAAUUAAGAAAGUGAAAGCAAAUGUGCCUGCUGUAACUACUCCAGUCAUGAGGGACAGACAGCAAGCAGUUCAGAUUGUGGCAAGUAGCCUGCAGCAUUUGAUUGUAGUCACCAUGAGUUUGCCCCUAAAUCCCAAAACCUUCCUGAAAGGAUUAACAGGAAAGCCAGUAAUGACAAAACUCAAGUCCAGAAUGGAGUACAAAGACCACCUGGUAUCUGCAGAUGGCUAUAUGAACAUGCAGCUCGCAAAUGCAGAAAAAUACAUAGAUGGAGCAUCAUCUGGACAUUUCAGUCAAGUUAUAACAGGGUGUAAUAAUGUCCUUUAUAACAGGGGUGUUGAAGAAGAGGAAGAAGAUGGGGAAAUGUGAGAAUUGCAGCUUUUGUGGGGAUUUUUUUAAAAUACAUAUUUCUAGACGAUAAAUAGGGUUUUUUUCCCCUUUAGAAAUCAAUGCAAGAUAUUUCCUGAAAGUAAAUGCAAGAUAUGUAAGUCUAAAUCACAUCUUGGGAAACUGAGUAAUUUUCAGCAAAGUAUCAGCCACGUGACCAUGAUAGCUUAGAUCUGCCUUUUGUCUAAACUAUCUACUCAGAAGUUACUUUUGAUAGAUCCUAUGCAUUUUGUACUCACAGAAUAAGUUAUUCAGAAUUUUGAGCUGGAAGAUACCAGUCAUAAUUAUUUUAAAUUGUGAAAAUACCAAAUCUCCAAAUCUGGCAGUGAUAUAGAUACAUGUGUAAUGAAUUUGAAUGGACUGAUUUAUGUGAAGGAUAAUAUACUUCUCAUAAGAUGAGAAUCUUACAGAGUGAUUCUUAACCAAAAGUGAACAUCAGAAUUAUAUGUAAUUUUUUUGAGAUGUACACAUGGCUGCUCUGCUCUCACCAUCAACCUAAAUUGACUGGGCCAGAUAUUCAUUUUAAAAGAAGUUUUACACGUAAAUCUCAUACACAUCUCAAAAUGAGUAUGGUUGGUGGUUACUCAAUUUCUAAUCUAAUGGUGACAAGUGAAAAGCUGCAUUAGUUUAUGUAAAUCAUGGAAACUGCUGAAAUAAGCAUUCCCCAAAAUGUC